AUGGACGGAGGCGGCAGCCAGAGUCUGAACACUUUCUCCAGCGGCAAUUCCCAGCAACGUCGACGCCUCACCAAGCGACCGCCUCAAGCCCGCUCGCAGUCGUCUUCCCUCAGCUUCGAUGGUCGCACCCUCGACAUCCAAUCGCUCCAGAGCAAACACAGCUCCACGAGUCUGAGGCGUGCUCCCAGUGCCCCGCAAACUCGCUCGUCCGUCUCGGCCAACGCGUCGUCGUCCAACAACUCCUCGCCUCGUCGUCUGCCCUCUGCCGCUCCGAGCGGCCUGCCGAAACCUGAACCCAUUCUCGCCAGCGGCGACUUUCUCGCGGCCGACCCCCAAGUCCAGUCGCCGCAUUACCGAUUUCCGUCUCUGCAGGGCGAGCAGGCCUACCAGGGCUAUCAGAGCUACCAGAACCCGAGCCAGGGACAGGCCCAGAGCCAGAGCCAGAGCCUCCUGAAUCACCAGAACCACCAGAGCCUCCAAAAUCACUACAUCCACAUCCACAACCUCCACAACUACCAGAGCCCCCAGACCAACCUUCCCUCCACUGCCGCCGCGGCAACGGCCUCCGUUCCCUUCGUCGCUGCCAACAGCCACGGCGGUGCGCUCACCUCGUCGUCAGAAGACUUUAUCGGCGCUCCGUUUGACGGUGCUGCCAUCCUCAACCGGAUUGACGAGACUGCUGCUGCCCCUCUUCAGACUCAACUGUUGUCCUAUCCAGCACCGCCCGCCCGCAGUGCGCCCUCCCCUCCUCGAGCCGCCCAAUACCCCUUCCAUCCAGCCAUGGCCUCUCCGUCGGCCCAGCAGCUCGGCAGCUUCACCUCCGCCUUUGCUGCUUCCAACCCCACCAUCACCGCUACAACCACCACAACCGUCGUGUCUGCUCCCGCCUCCGCCGCUGUUUCACCUGUCCCUUCCGCCGAGAUGGCCGAGAAGAUCCCGUCUGCACCCCAGAUCAGCGCCGCCAAGGUUCUCGAGUCUCAAUCCCUGGCCUCCAAGCGCUACUCUGACGAGCCCAAAGAUCUCAAGGCGCCCUCCAUGCUGCGGAAGAAAUCCGGCUUCUCUGGCUUCAUGACCAGUCUGGUCGGCUCGCCAAAGAAACCGCUCAUCUCGGCUCCCGAGAACCCUGUUCACGUCACCCAUGUUGGCUAUGACAGCAACACAGGACAAUUUACCGGUCUGCCGAAGGAAUGGCAGCGGCUGAUCAGCGAGAGCGGCAUUACCGAGAAAGAGCGCACACAGAAUCCAGAGGCACUAAUGCAGGUCAUCACCUUCUACAAAGAGACGACGGAGAAGCCGCAAGAGGACCAGGUCCUCGAGAAGUUCCACGAUGCCCGGCCGGGUCUGCAACCCGUAUUGCUGCCAACAUCGCCGGCGUCACAGCAGCCUGGCGCGUCCCCGGGCUACAUGGCUGCGCCGUCGCUCAUCAGUCCGCCCGCCAGCCCCCGUUUCCCAAUUGUCAACCACCAUGGCAGCUUCGAGAAUCCACGCUCUCCACCACCCGUGCCCAAGACGCCUCUCGGAACCCCGAUGAAAGACCUCAACCUGGUGCCCAGCCGGCGAGCCCCGAAGCCGCCCGUGAGCUUACCCUCCCGAUCUGCCCCGCAUCCUCCGUUCUUGCCCACCAAGGACUCCGGCAUAGGGAUGGUGCAGCCGCUGGACGAGUCCGGCGUGCCAAAGGAGAAUGUUCCCAUGCUUCCCGAGGAGCACCGAUCACGGUCUAGCUCUCGUGCCACUGCGUCUUUCGGCACGGCCAACAGUUCAGCCCAGGCCAGCGUCCAGGCCAGCGUCCAGGCCAAUGUCAUUGCACAGGCAAACGCCUAUCAACAACAGCUGAUACAGCACCAGCAGGAGCAGGCCAUGGCACAGGCACAGGCUGCUAUGACCGGCCAAUUGGGGCGCUCUGCAAGCAAGCGCCAGCCGCAGUCACCCGCAGGCCUCGUACAACAACCAACGCCUCCCCAUUCUCAGCACCACCAGCUCAAUCGGUCACCGGAUGCGAACGGCGUAGCGCGCUCACCGCAGGCGCUAUACCCAGCUCCGACAUUCCAGCAGCAGCAGCAGCAGCUACAGCAGCAUCAACAACAACAGCAGCAGCAGCAGCUGGCAGAACAGCAGCAGCAGGCUCAACUGAAACUGCAGCAGGCUCAGCAACAGCAGUUGGCGAAUGCACCAAAACCGCGCCAACGGCCACGCGCAAACACAGGCGGCGAUAUCGUCUCCAGGUUGCGGCUGAUCUGCUCAGAAGGAGACCCUCGCGACAUCUACCGUGGCCUGUCAAAGGUUGGCCAGGGCGCAUCGGGUGGCGUCUACACCGGCUUUGAGAGAGGCAGCAAUCGCCUUGUGGCCAUCAAGCAGAUGAACCUGGAGCAGCAGCCGAAGAAGGACCUAAUCAUCAAUGAGAUCCUCGUCAUGAAGGACAGCUCCCACCCCAACAUUGUAAACUUCAUCGACAGCUACCUGAGCAGCGGCGAGCUGUGGGUGGUGAUGGAGUAUAUGGAGGGUGGCAGCUUGACCGACGUUGUCACCUUCAACAUCAUGACAGAGGGCCAGAUUGCCUCUGUUUGCCGCGAGACCCUGAGGGGCUUGCAGCACUUGCACUCUAAGGGUGUCAUUCACCGUGACAUCAAAUCCGACAACAUCCUUCUGUCCAUGGAAGGCAACAUCAAGCUGACCGACUUCGGCUUCUGUGCUACCAUCAACGAAGCCCAGAACAAGCGGACAACCAUGGUGGGCACGCCAUACUGGAUGGCACCCGAGGUGGUCACGCGGAAGGAGUACGGCCGCAAAGUGGACAUCUGGUCGCUAGGAAUCAUGGCCAUCGAAAUGAUCGAAGGCGAGCCGCCGUACCUGACAGAGUCACCUCUCCGAGCAUUGUGGUUGAUCGCUACCAACGGGACACCGGUGAUCAAAGACGAACAGAACCUGUCGGAAGUUUUCCGCGAUUUCCUCUACUUUGCCCUCAAGGUAGAACCAGACAAGCGGGCCAGCGCCCAUGAUUUAUUACGGCACGAUUUCAUGAAGCUUUGCGUAGAUUUGAACCAGUUGUCUCCUCUCGUUCGGGCUGCUCGCGAGGCAAAGGCCCUUGAGAAAGCCCGGAAAGGGCAAUAG